AUGUACGCUUGUCAUCUGUCCAGACGGCUGUUGGGCCUGGAGGGGGAACAGGAGUACGGGACACUUCAUGCGAACAAACCGCCGGUUUUGGAGUCGGAGGCUGAAGAGUCCAAUUAUUAUGUGGUUGAGCAAAAAGGAAGUGUAACGCGCGGUGAAGCUCUGAGUAUCGUCCACAAACAGUGCGUGAACGAUCAUAAUCCAACUCGGCCCACGAUAUUCGAUUUCCAUGAUACAUUCCCGUUGUAG